UCUUUAUAUUUUUUUAUAGAUGAUUUUCAAAACUUUUGUCUAGAGAAACUGAUUGCAGCAAUUUUUUCUAGAUCCAUAUGCUCGACUUCUCCUUGAGGCUCUGAAGCAAUCUGGUUGCACUGUCUUCAACGACCGGCACUUUUCUUGUGAAAACUGUGAUGGCUGUGUUAGUGGAGGUUUUGAUGCUGCCACAUCACAGAUUGUUCUGUGUCAGAACAACAUUCGCCAACAAUCCCAUAUGAACCGGGUGGUCACACAUGAAUUGAUUCAUGCAUUUGAUCACUGCCGUGCACAUGUUGACUGGUUUAAAAAUGUCAAACACUUGGCAUGUUCAGAGAUUCGAGCUGCUAAUCUCAGUGGAGACUGUACACUGAUGAAUGAAAUAGCCAGGUUUAAGUUUGGAUUGAAAGGACACCAUCAGACUUGUGUGCGAGACAGAGCAAUCCGUUCCAUUCUGGCUGUUAGAAAAGUUAGCAAAGAAACAGCAGAAAAAGCUGUGGAUGAAGUUUUUGAUGCCUGCUUCAAUGAUCUGGAGCCUUUUGGAAGAAUCCCACACAGCAAAGCAGAUGCAAAACGUGCUUACAGAGACUUUCAGAACAGAGAUCGCUAUACUGCUAAUUUGUAAGGUGGGGGGUGGGGAAGCCAGAUGAGAAAUUACAUUAAUACCUGAUUGUUCAGUGACACCUGGAGUUAUAGUCUAUGCCCACAGUACUGAUGGAAAGGGCAAAGCUAUCAAGCUUAGGGAUUAAUUUUUUAUUUUUCAUGAGCCAACUUCCAUGGAAGUAAAUGGAGUAAAUGAACAAGACUAAAAACUGUUUCCUAACCUGUUGUUCCAGAAAGAUAAUUUACUAUGCCAAAUGACUUGUCAAAUACAAUUCAGUGUGCAUUUAAUUUUUUCACUCUGACUGACUCGGACUUGGUUUCUGAAAAUUUUGUUGUUACUGAAUAAAUCUUUUCAUAUCUUCUUACACUUUCACUAUCUUCGAUACACAGUCAUGAACUUGGUAAUCGUCAUCACUCUAUUUUAAAAGAUGAGCACCUGAACUACAGCUCUAUGUACUGGAUUUAAUAACUAUGGAUAAACCCAAAAUUUAAUAACUAAAUUUAAUAAUUUUC